GAAAAACAAUGGAUGUUUUGAGGAAUGGAUAAAGUGAAAAUAUCUCUUCUCAAUCUAUUUAAUAUUGCGUAUAAGUCCAGAUGCUGCCUGCCAAUAAUAAUAAGUGCUGCAUAUAUGGUUUUCAACUUUAACGUCGGAGUAGAAUUUGUGGUUGACGCACAUCAAGGUGUUGAGGACGAUCAGAGUGACGAGGACGAACUAAGCGACGAGGACGAGAUAAUUGAUCAGGAGAUUUUUGCGAGGUUACAGGUUGAUCUAUAAGGUGUAAAUGGUUAUUGAAGUUUGGAUCACCCUUCUCCUAUAUCUACUGGUCACCCUGUAGACUACAGUGCGUCUACAGCUGAACAAGUAGAUCUGAAGUAAAGAAACAACGUGAAAAAUAAUUUACAAUGGAAACUUUCUCUCCAAAGAAUUCCCCGAGUAGGGGUUCUAGUUCUCCCAGCAUUAACUCUACAGAUCCAGGAAUGUUGAAAGUAAAACUGCAAAUUAAUAAACCUCUACCCUUCUAUCUUCUUAAACCAGACAACAUUGCAAUCAGUGAUGUAACAGGAGCUACCAACCUGAUGGCAAGCAGAAACCUGGAACACUCCUUUAACAAGCUGGCAUCAAAAAAGAUGAAGGAUAGUUUAUCCAGUUUUCUACCUGGUCUACCUGGUAUAGUGGAUACACCUGGAUCCCAAGACAACAGUUCUCUCAGAGGUUUGAUAGAGAAACCUCCAGUAGGAGGCAAGGAGUUGACCCUUUUAAACCAGCUUCAGCUCACAGGGUUCAGACUUCAUCCGGGUCCUCUUCCAGAACAGUAUAGGGCUGUGUUGAACCAUGUUGCUGGAAAGGAGAAGAAGAGAACUAAGAAAAGAAAAUCAAGAGGAACUGAAACACCAGCUCAGGACGAGCUUAGGGACGAAGAAAGGGAUAGGAAGAGAGAGAGAAAACAUAAGAAACAUGAUAAGGAGAGUGAGGAACGCCGGAAGAAGAAGAAGGAGAAGAAAAAGAAGAAGUACAAGGACGAGAAGGAUAUGUGACAAAUAGAAGUAGAAUAUAGUUCGUAAACAUGUCGUGGUAGGAGAUGCAACAAACGCGCCAAUAUUUGAGAGUGUAAAAAUGCACCAAUAUAGAGUUUAAAAAUGCGCCAAUGGAAUUUUUAGAUUUGAUUGUUACAGUUAAAUGGAAAAUCGUACAACCUGUUAUUACAGUGUGAAUAUAACGAUAAUUGCCUUACAACAAUAUUUAACUUCUUCACUGUAUUAGUCUCAAUUUUAACAUUUAAGUACUUUCGUACUAAUUACACUUAAACGUUUGUCACUAUUUAAUCUAAUUUUUUUUUUCUGAAUAUUUAACCCCUUUAUUCCGACAUGUAAUCAAUUUAUAACGUACAUAAUACUGCUGUACGUUUUACACUGGGCAUGUACGUACGCAUUAACCCCAAAUAAUGGAAUUUUAAGAAAAUUAAUAAUAAAAAAUUAUCUACCUGA